GGCACCCUGGAUAAUUUUUUGGAUUCCCGAGGCAGCCCAGGUGCGCACCAACGGGCAUACCGCUGCCUCAAAGAGUUGGGCAAGAUGCUGUUCGGAGUAAAGGACAUUGCACUGUUGGAGCACGGGUGCAAGGCCCUGGAGGUGGACAGUUACAAGUCCCUGAUGAUCCUGGGGAUCCCAGAGGACUGUGGCAACGAGGAAUUUGAAGAGAUCAUACGGGUCCCCCUAAAACCUCUAGGCAAGUUCGAAGUGGCUGGAAAGGCCUUCCUGGAGGAGGAUGAAUCCAAGGCGGCCAUCAUUAGGCUGGCGGAGGACAUCAACUACGCCGUCGUCCCCAGGGAGAUCAAGGGCAAGGGCGGCAUAUGGAGAGUGGUCUACAUGCCCCGGCAGCAGGACAUUGAAUUCCUGACCAAGCUGAACCUCUUUCUGCAGAGCGAGGGCAGGACGGUGGAGGAUAUGGCUCGAGUCCUGAGGCAGGAACUGUGCCCGACAGCAAAGGGCCCCAGGGAGCUACCUGCCACAAAGUGCUGUGUGCCCGGGCUGGGGGACGAGCCAGAGGCUGGGUCUACCGCCAGGGUGGACGCGGGGCCGCCUCUGGACACCUCGGGGAAGGAGAGCAAGGCUGGAGAAGGCAAGCGGAGCAAGAGGAGGCACAAGAAAAACCGGCGACGGCAUCAUGCAUGUGACAAGAAGCUGUGAGAUGACGUCGAGUGGGCACAGGGGCGUCCAGUGAGGGUGGCCGCCAUCUGAGUGGGUGUGGGUAAUGCCUGUGAGAGGGCAGGUACCACUUGAGUAAGUUUGUGGAAUGCGAGUGAGUAUGGGUAAUAGGA